CAACAGCUGAUCAACAGACUUCAGAAAGCUCGACGCCUUCAGACGGAGCAGCUGCGAGAUAAAGCAGGAGAGCGCGGAGCGAACAGGCUGACGCACACUCAGCUUUUUACUGUCCUUUCUGUGUCUGACGGGUUAGACAAGCAUAUCGGAAACUAGAUGACGAGUUAGUUUUCAUUUAAAGCCCAAACCUGGAAGAUAAGAUCAUCGUUACGGGUCCAAAAGGAAGGGAGCUUGUUAUAGAGAAGAGCAGUGGAGCUGUCCAGUGCUGAAUACGUGCCGCUGACGCGGGAGCUGUCCAGUGCUGAAGUUGCAUUUCUGCCAUCGCGCUGCAUCAACACAACGCAAUAAGGGGCUCAAGGGUCCGCCGUAACCCUGUGCUGGCAUCCCAAUCUCGGCAUAACCGAAGAGAACGAUACAAGUCGCGUUUUCACCCAGAGUUGCAUGAAGAAAGCGAGAGAUUCGACCGGCGGACGAGUGUUUUUUUUCUUUUUUUUUCUUUCUUUUUUUUAUUUAACGUUGAAACAUGCCAAGGUCUUUCCUGGUCAAAAAGGUUAAGCUUGAUGAUUUCUCAUCCGCUGAUCUCGAGAACUCCUAUGGCAGAUCCAGGGCAGACCUCAGCCUGCGCUUCCAUGAGAAAGCAUACAUCAGUGACUACAUGACCCCGGCAGUGUAUGACGCCGAAAGCGACAACGGCAUCAAAGUACCCUCCCCCGGACCCAUCUACGACAGCAUCCACAGUGAUGACUAUGGAGCCCCGGACUCGGAUCAGCCGGACAGCCCGCGAUCUGAGAUCUCCGGUUACAUUAACGGAGACAACGCCGUCAGCGAGGGCUACACGGUAGACGCGUUCUUCAUCACGGACGGGAGGUCAAGGAGAAAAGCCAUCAGCAGUCCACGCACCCUUCAGCGGCACUCGUGUAACGAGUGCGGAAAGACAUACGCCACGUCUUCCAACCUGAGCCGACACAAGCAAACGCACCGGAGCAUGGAUAGCAAAAUGGCCAAGAAAUGCCCCACCUGCGGGAAGGUGUAUGUCUCCAUGCCGGCUAUGGCCAUGCAUUUGUUGACGCACGACCUCAAGCACAAGUGUGACAUAUGCGGAAAGGCCUUCAGCAGGCCAUGGCUUUUACAGGGACACAUGCGCUCACACACGGGCGAGAAGCCGUUCGGAUGCGCGCACUGCGGGAAGGCGUUCGCCGACCGCUCCAACCUGCGCGCCCACAUGCAGACUCACUCGGCCUUUAAGCACUACAAGUGCAAGAGAUGCGACAAGACCUUCGCUCUAAAGUCGUACCUGAACAAGCACUAUGAGUCGGCCUGCUUCAAGGGAGCUUUUGCGCCUUUGAGCCCUCUGGACGCGUGAAAACGCGCAUCAGACUUUCAACGCUCUAAAAAAUAAAAUAAAGGUCCUUUAUCGGCAUGCAAUGUUCCACAAAGAACCUUUAACAUCCAUGGAACCUUCCCAUUGUAGUGGAAAAAGGUUCUUUAGACUAUAACUUAGGUUCUUCCAUGGCAUCACUGCGAAAACCCCAUUUUGGAACCUUUAUUUUUCAAAGGAAUAUUCGGGGUUCAAUACAAGUUAAGCUCAAUCGACAGCAUUUGUGGCAUAAUGUUGAUUACCACUAAUAUUUCUACUCGUCCCUCCUUUUCUUUAACCCCAACCCAGCAAAAAUCGAGGUUACAGUGAGACACUAAUGAAAGUGAAUGGGGCCAAUCCGUAAAUGUUAAAAUACUCAAGUUUCAAACGUAUAGACACAAUUAUGUGUGUUAACAUGAUUUUAGUGUGAUAAAAUCGCUUACAAACCUUUUCUGUGCAAAGUUAUAUCCAAUUUUACAACUUCGUUGCCAUGACGACAGAACACCGUAAACCCCAAAACCAUAAAAACAUAAAUUUAACAACGUCACAGCUCAAAUAAUACACAAGUUUUAACAGAAGAAUUAAAGUAAGUGCUUUUAUAAAAUUAUAAGCUUCACAUUUUUGUCUUUAAACCCUCCAAAAAUUGGCCCCAUUGACUUCCAUUGUAAGUGCCUCACUGUAACCUCGAUUUUUUUUUGUGUGUUCUUUUUUUGUGGUAAUCAACAUUAUGCCAUAAAUGUUGUCAAUUGAUCUUAACUUGCAGUGAACCUGGAAUAUUCCUUCAAGAGUGAACUUUACACACCUGAUAACCUGAAUACAACUAGUUGACAGCACAUCAUGGAAACCAUGGAUUAAUCGCAUGUACCUUAACUUUUCUUUUUAAGUGUACUCUCUGUCACAUAUUCAGCUGAAAUAUCAUCUGUUGAGACAUUGAAAAUGUCGUUAUUUCUCUCAAAAAGGUCAAACCUUUUCUAAGUAUUGGAUAAUAUUGUACUGCUGCAGCGAGUGGCCACAAAAAGUGUUCAGCAUUGAGGUAAAAACUAUUUAUUCAUUCACUUAUUUAUGUACUAUUUAUAUAUUUAUUAAUUUAUUUCCUAAAACAAACUGUGUACGAUCUUGAUUUGCACUUUAAUUUAGUGUUCCGUUGCCAAGCCUUCAUCAUCAAUAUGCCAAAGCAUUUGCCACUUUCUGAAUAUCUUAUUUUUAUUUGCCACUUUAUAAAUUUGUUGCAUGCAAAAAAACAAAACAAAACAAACAAAAAAUACUACUACUAGCCUAAUGAAAUCUAUGCCAGUUUUACGAAGCUUUGGAUUUUUUGCCAAAACCUAGAUAGCAUCUGUCUGCAAUAUUUCUCGGGAGUCAUAAUGAUGAUGAUGAUGAUGAUGAAGAAUAGAGCAAUAAUGCAUGGUAUUUUUAAAAGUUAAAGCGAGUAAUAACUAUAGUGUUUUUAAUCACGAUUUUAUCCGAUACUAUCCGUAGACGUUCAGAAGUUCAAUAUCAGGGAAAUGCCAGAGUAGUAUUAGCAGAUACUUCCACGGGAUCGGGGUGGGAGGGCUAUAGGGUGCUUUUGUAAGUGGUUAUGCACUGCCUGCCUCUUAUUUAAUGACGUAGUUUUAGAACGUAGGCACACGUGGUGUUGAACGGACAGCUGGAUCAUUUGCUCCGAAUCUGCUGAACGGCCGGUGUGAACAGCGCAAAAACCUGGAGAACGUGGAUGAGCUGAAACUGCAAUACUGACAGAUGGACAUAUUUCAUCCAGGUUUGGCAGAUUUAUCUUCGAACAGCACUUCUUCGAAAACCUUUCCGACCUUUUUUGAAAAAUAAUAAACUAGUAGCACAAACCUUAGAGAUUCAGGUAGACAGGCCUUGUAUUAGUUCAACCUCUGUUUUUGUAUUUAUGGACAAAGGAACUAACUGUUUAAUGCAAGAUGCCUUGUAAAUAAUCCUUUGGAAUCUAAUAUUUCUACAAACUGUAAAGAAUCAAAUGAACUUAUUUCUGGACUUCUUUUUUCCCUGGGUUUUUCCCCCCCCAGCAUUUGAACAAUGUAAAGCACAAAUGACACCGGGCAUUUUCUCACUUCAUAAUAAAGAACGAAUAAG